AGGGGUUAUCGUCCUCUUCCCGCAAACCCUAAAACCUUUGAAUCACUAGAUCCACAACCGUCCACAAAGCCCUCGAUCUUUCUCGUGCAACCAAGAAGCGUAGCCCUAGUUUUCUCUCUUCAGCGUCUCUUGCCAGUUUGCUUUCUCUUUUUCCCUCUAGUUUCGCUCUAUCCUUGUUGGUCACUAUGGCAGCUAUGCUGCAACCUCAGAUCAUUCUACUGAAGGAAGGGACAGACACAUCGCAAGGGAAGGCUCAGUUGGUGAGCAACAUAAGUGCGUGUACGGUGGUAGCGGAUGUAGUGAGAACAACCCUAGGUCCGAGGGGUAUGGACAAGCUCAUUCACGAUGACAAGGGAAACACCACCAUUUCCAACGAUGGUGCUACCAUUAUGAAGCUUCUUGACAUUGUUCAUCCGGCCGCUAAGAUCCUCGUUGAUAUUGCCAAGUCCCAAGACUCCGAGGUUGGUGAUGGAACUACUACUGUGGUUCUGCUUGCAGGCGAGUUUUUAAAGGAGGCAAAGCCUUUUAUUGAGGAUGGGGUCCACCCCCAAAAUUUAAUUCGGAGUUAUCGGACUGCAUCUUAUUUGGCAAUCGAGAAGAUCAAAGAACUUGCUGUUAGCAUAGAGGGGAAAAGUCUAGAAGAAAAGAAAAGCUUAUUAGCUAAAUGUGCUGCUACAACGCUGUCUUCAAAGCUCAUUGGUGGAGAAAAGGAGUUCUUUGCAUCUAUGGUUGUAGAUUCUGUCAUUGCAAUUGGAAAUGAUGAUAGGCUAAAUAUGAUUGGAAUCAAGAAGGUUCCAGGCGGUACCAUGCGGGACUCUUUUCUUGUAAAUGGUGUUGCCUUUAAAAAGACAUUUUCAUAUGCGGGGUUUGAACAGCAACCAAAGAAAUUUCUAAAUCCCAAGAUACUCCUCCUAAAUAUUGAAUUGGAACUGAAAUCAGAGAAGGAAAAUGCAGAGAUAAGACUUUCAGAUCCACUACAAUAUCAGUCGAUAGUUGAUGCAGAGUGGAAUAUCAUUUAUGACAAGUUGGAUAAAUGUGUGCAGAGUGGGGCUAAAAUUGUUCUUUCACGGCUGGCUAUUGGUGAUCUAGCCACACAGUAUUUUGCAGAUCGAGAUAUUUUCUGUGCUGGUCGUGUAACCGAAGAGGAUCUGCAACGAGUGGCUGCUGCUACUGGUGGAACUGUACAGACGACUGUUAACAACAUCAUUGAUGAGGUUCUUGGCUCUUGUGAGCUUUUUGAGGAAAGACAAGUUGGAAAUGAGCGCUUUAAUAUAUUUAGUGGAUGCCCAUCAGGUCAAACGGCCACUAUUGUUCUUCGUGGUGGAGCUGAUCAGUUCAUUGAGGAAGCUGAGAGGAGUUUACAUGAUGCAAUUAUGAUUGUUCGAAGGGCUUUGAAGAACUCUACUGUUGUUGCUGGUGGUGGUGCCAUUGAUAUGGAGAUAAGUCGAUACUUGAGGCAACAUGCACGCACGAUAGCUGGGAAGUCUCAACUUUUUAUUAACUCUUAUGCAAAAGCUCUUGAGGUCAUCCCACGUCAACUCUGUGAUAAUGCUGGGUUUGAUGCAACUGAUGUGCUGAACAAAUUAAGACAAAAACAUGCACUUCCAUCUGGUGAAGGUGGACUUUUUGGAGUGGAUAUUAACACGGGUGGCAUUGCUGAUUCAUUUGCUAACUUUGUCUGGGAGCCAGCAGUAGUAAAGAUCAAUGCUAUCAAUGCUGCUACCGAGGCAGCUUGCCUUGUCUUAAGUGUUGAUGAGACAGUAAAAAACCCCAAGUCAGAGAGCGCUCAGGGAGAAGCUGCUGCAAGUGCCAUGGGUGGUAGAGGGCGAGGUGGAGCUUUCCGUGGUCGUGGACGAGGAAUGCGAAGGCGUUGAGGGCUAGAUUUCAUGUUGGAAGCAUGAUUCAGUUGGCAACUACAAAUGUCAGGGGUUGGAUCUUUAUGAUCCCUUUUUGACUUACAAUUCUGGUGUGGUUCAAGUUGUAUUUAGAUUUGAAUUCAUUCCAACUGGUGAAGCCAGCCUGUAUUAACUUUGGAACCCCAGUAACUCACUUUUGGACAAUCCAAAGCUUCACACUUUUGUUUGGGAUGUGGGCCGAGGGCCAUUUUAGGUCGGUGAACGCUUACAUGUUAGUAGGAGAAUGUUUGUUUUCUCGUUGAUUUUAUUGUGGGGAGAGGAGAAUAUGAGAAGCGUGAUUUCCAUUUUGCUGUUGCAAUAUGGAAUUAUAUUAUUUUGGUCAUAGCAAUUUUAAUGCAAAACUAAUGGAAAAUGUUGAGUUGGAGUUUGGUGAC